UAUUGUGAGUUUGAUUUUGCUUCUGAUUGUCGUUUUCAUUCUUUCUCGUAUUUAGGGUUUAUGUCACGGUUUAUCUGCUCGUUUAGUUGAUGCCUCUCUUGCUUUGUUUUAUUCGUUAUUACAGUGGGCUUUGUUUUAUUUCUUAGUGGUAGACAGUUUAUAGCAAAGAUUAACCGACCCAUGUAUUGUUUGGCAUUUGGGGUACAAUUUUUUUUCCAUUUUCCAUUUAUAUAUUUUUGGAGGUGUUUUAUCUGUAAUAAUUUCGUGGGAAAACAAGAUUGCCCAUGUGAACUAAUUUUUGUGUACCGAACCUAACUGAAUGGCAAACGUUUUUGAAGAAAUUUUAAGUGAUCUGCGUUGGGGCAUGUAGGCGUAAUAGGUGGGGAAUUCUUGAUCAAAUUUUGCAUCUUUGAAUGUUGACUAUGUGAAUUAAUUGGAUUGAAUUUAUGGUCCGUUUGGAUUGAGGGAGAGUAGAGUAGAUUUAGCACAAAAUUAGCUUAUUUUUAGCCAACUCUACUUUACUCCCCUCCACUCCUCCUUCUUCUCCCCCUUUAUCCAAACAAGCCAUUAAUUAGUGGGUUAGUAUGUUUUGGGGCCGGAGACAGCUGAGUCUGUAACUAAUUGCUUUUAACAUCAAAUCUUGUGUGGAAUGAUGGAUGUAGAAUGAUCUUUCCUCUAAUUCAUGGCGUGGCCCAUUUGGUUAACUCUCGUUGCUACCUGCUAGCAAGCAAAUUUUCGGUUGUAUAUUAUUAAUGAUCAUAGUACUAAAGGAAAAUGCUAUGGUUUUGUUACUUUCGUAAAUCCUCGAGCAGCAAAUGAUGCCAUCAAUGACAUGAAUGGCAGGACUAUUGAUGGGCGAGUUGUUAGAGUGAAUGGAGUAAGGACUAGAGGUGGAAGAUCCAACUUUGGUAGAGAAAACUUUCGACAUAAUGUUGAGAGGGGCACUGACUUGGAUAGAGGUAGAGAUCGAGAAAGGGGUCAUGAUCAUGAUAGGGAUCGGUAUCAGGAUCGAAAUGGUGAUUGGUCUAGAGAGCGUGAUAGAUCUCGUGACCGUGAGCUGGAGAGAGAAAGAGGACAUGACCAUUCACAUGGUCAUGAUCGAGCUAGAGACCUGUUCCUUUCAAGGGAUCGAGAUCAAGAUAGAGAUAUGGUAGAUAACGAACACAGCAGGAACCACGACCUGGGGUGGGAAAGAGACCAUGAUUUGGAUUUGGGACAAGGGAGGGAGUGGGACAGGACAAAUGGUCAUGAUAAAAGUGUUGACAAUGAUAGAGAUCAACAGCCAAAGAGACAGAACGGCAGUUUUGGUAUUAAUGACAGAUGUGGAAGGCAACUUUCAUCCGAAGCAAGUGAUGAUUACAACAAUCAGGUAAAAGAAGAACUGGAGAGAUCAACUCAGAGGUUUGAUGAACUUACAAAGGAGAUUCCUCAGAUUGAAGAGAGGUUAGUAGAGAAACGGAAUCUUGUGUUGGAUUUACAGAAAAAAUCAAAGAAACUGGAGGAUGCAUUGAUUGCUUCAAAGAAGCACACUUCAUACCGUCAGGUGCAGUUGACCAAGCUUUAUAAAUGUUUUCUGCAAGUGAAAGAUUGCUCUGACAGACUUAAAAGCUGUGAAGAAGAACUCCAGACUCUUGUUGAUACGGCAAUGUUAGAAAAUGAUGUUGGUGAUGAUGUUGGCUGAAGGGAUAUGGGGUCCUAGCAAUUGGAAAUGCAUGAUGUCCUGUUUAAGUUUCAGCACAGAUCUGUGACACCUUUUAUCUUUUAGGGUUAGCAUGUAGCUUUUGCCACUUGGUAUAGAUUUGUGUGGAUCUAUCUAGGCCUAUGUACAUGUUAAUUUCAAAUCAACUGGAGAAGAUAUCUUGUACUAAUAUAUGAUGUUCAGACCAUCAAUUUCCCUUAUUAUCAAGGUUUCUAGUUUUCUGUGUUUUUUCUA